AUGUCUUCGAAUCUUCGAGACCUACGGGAUAACGGACUUGACCUCAUUACAGGACCCCCUGUCAUGGCCAGUGCUCUCGAAGCACUUGUCUGCUGUUCGAAUUAUUUUGUGGAGUUGCCCGCACUGCUUUUACGGAGCCGCUUUGAAGGGGCGCAAGAAACGGAUACCGAAUGCGGUUAG